AACAUCCCCAAGCCUGUGAGAGCAGAGGGCACUGAGAGGGUGUGAGACAAGAGGCUGGGGCAGAAAGACAGAAACUUAAGACUCCAGAAGAGCAAGGGAGAUAAGCCAAGGAGACAAGACCACAGCAGCUUAAAACAGAAGCCAAGAAGGGUCCCAGAGGACUGCGCUACAGGAAUGGCACUAAGGAUGCCCUGGGCUAGACAGGCUAAGGGGGUCCUGGGGGGCUGGGGGAUCAUCAGCUUGGUGGUCACUCUGCUCCUCCAGUAUCCAGGAGUCCACAGCAAGUGCUACUUCCAAGCUCAAGCCCCCUGCCACUAUGAGGGAAAGUAUUAUACCCUGGGUGAAUCUUGGCUUCGCAAGGACUGUUUCCAGUGCACCUGUCUGCAUCCUGUCGGUGUGGGCUGUUGUGACACGUCCCAGCAUCCCAUCGACUUCCCUGCUGGGUGUGAAGUGCGUCAGGAGGCAGGAACCUGCCGGUUCUCCCUGGUGCAAAAAUCUGACCCUCAGCUGCCCUGCAAAGGGGGAGGACCCGACCCAGAGUGGGGCUCAGCUAACACCCCUGCUCCUGGGACUCCCGCUCCCCACCACCUCGGCUAAAUUCUUCUGCUGACUUCCACUGCUGCUGCCACUUCCAGGGGAACCACUAGCAGCUGCCAAUUUAUUCUGCAUAAAUAAAUUAACGCUCCAGCUGAAAA